AUCCAAACACUCACCAGCGCUCUCGGUGGUAUCGGAACCACCCUCGUCGAAGACUCUGGCAACCUAGAUCGCCCAUUUCAAGUGAAGGGUGACACCUUUGUGAACAUUGGUGCUGCACUGGCACGAAGCUGCGAUCAGCAGUUCAACGCUUGCGCGAAUGCUGCAAGUGGAGGAGACGCGACUCUGAGCGUGGCUCAGUGCUCGACUCAGAAAGACCAGUGCAGUGCGAGUAUCCAAGCAAGUACGGCCGCGACACAGGGCAAUGCUUAGCACUGGUAAUGCAAACGGUGCUGGAGCUGCAAACGCCAGUGGAAACAAUUUUGGAAACAAUGACGGCAAUGCUAGUGGGAACGCUGCUGGAGCUGGAAAUGCCGCCUCGUGCAUAUGGUUGGUAAGUGCUGGAUACAUGUUAUCGG